AUGAUUGUGUCGAGAUCCGACCCUGAACUCGCUUCCGCAGUUGGAUCCACAUCAGGCAAGUCUAAGGCGCGGCCUCUUCCCUGGGCAGUAAGUGCCCAUCCUAAACGGAAAGUAGAAGAUGUUAGACCCAUCUUCUGGGCCUCCAGACCCAAGAGCUACAUCUACAGAACCCAGGACUGGGAUGAGUUCCCAAACGGCAGAUGGGGAAACUCCUCAUCUCCAGCUUUUGGUGAGUUAAAUGACUACUACCUGUUCUACUUGAAGAGCAAGUCAUCUAAAGAUGAGCUGCUGCACAUGUGGGGUGAGGAGCUGAUGAAUGAAGAGAGCGUCUAUGAGGUCUUCACCUGCUACAUCACAGCCCAGCCAAACCGCAGUGGACAUAAGGUGAUGUGUUUGCCAUGGAAUGAUGAGCCUCUGGCCCCAGAGACCAACCUUUUGAAGGAUGAGCUGGAGAAAGUGAACAGAAGAGGAGUCCUAACAAUCAACUCCCAACCCAACAUCAACGGCAAACCCUCCACAGACCCUAUAGUGGGCUGGGGACCUGCAGGAGGCUACGUCUUUCAGAAGGCUUAUCUGGAGUUCUUCACCUCCAGUGAAAAUGUGACUGCUCUCCUCAAAGUACUGAAGAAGUAUGAGCCCCGUGUCAACUACCACAUUGUUAAUGUUCACGGGCGUAACCUGACGAAUGCCCCUGACUUGCAACCUAACGCUGUGACCUGGGGGAUCUUCCCUGGCAGGGAGAUUGUCCAACCUACUGUGGUGGACCCAGUCAGCUUUAUGUCUUGGAAGGACGAGGCUUUUGCCCUGUGGAUUGAGCAGUGGGCCAAACUCUAUGAAGAAGAGUCUCCUUCACGGAUGAUCAUCAAGUAUAUUCACAACAACUACUUCCUGGUUACUCUUGUGGACAAUGAUUUUCCUUUAGAGAACUGUCUGUGGCAGGUCAUUGAAGAUAUGUUCGAAAUGCUUGAUGCUCCUCCAGAUCCACUCAACGACGGAACAUUCUGAAAAAUAAUAUUUUAAACUACCUUUAGGGGAAGUAAGAACACUAUGGAACUGUCAAUUCUUUAUGUAUUGUCUGAGAGUUGCUAUUUACAAUGUAGAGCAUAGAGUUAGUGUACUUAACAGUAUUUUUAAAGGCUUUUUCUAAAUGUUUUUUAACCUAUGAGUGAAUGGAAAUAUGAUGAUAAAUUAAAUUCUUCAUUCUAUCCUAAGUAGAUCAGUA